GAUCUUGGAUAUUAGAAUAAAAAAAACAACUGAGAUAUUAAUUCAGUUCAUACGACUUAAGUAGCUUAGUAAAUUCGUUGCUUCGCCUUCUAAAAACGUUGAAGUAGUAUUGAAUAUGGUAUUAUGUAUAUCAAAUAUAGAACGAAAGCAUAAAGAAUCCUUAUUAUCAUGCAGCAUGUGAUUAAUCUAUGAGUGCAAACAGUUUUUUGGCAAGGAAAGGUCUGCUCUAGUCUAGAUUGCAUAUAUGGCUUAAUACGAAAAUCAGGCUCGUCCUUACCUGACGUUUUCACAAACGUUUCAACGCGCAUUGAAGAUCAAACGAGCGCUCGUGAGACGUUGAGAAAUUGCUUCUCUGUCUCAAAUUCACGACAAGGUUUCCUCAUCCUCUGCAUAUUAGAUAACGUUUUCACGAAAAGCUGUCACAGUUGCGAAACGAUAGUCUUAGGUAAUCAAUCGCAUAAGCUUUUUGGAAAACUUCGAAUCGCGGGCCAAAUCUGAUCGCUACCUGCCAUAAUAGGCGAAUUACUAGACUUGCCGGAUGACAAUGCAUGCAAGACGAAUGAUGAGCACACUUUUGUGCAAAACCACGGGCUUCGUACUACUUCACGAUGCUACGGCCGUCAACUCCCUGAUAACGACAGCUGAGCAACUUAUACUAUACUCAAGUAGCGACAAUAAGCCGAUUUCCAAAGGAUGCUCGACGAAGAUACUUGCCAGCUGCGACGACCAUAAAGUGCGACGGUUGAUCACAAUCAUUUUGGAGUUUGACGCCGUAGUUCAAGACAAGUAGGUGUUUGAAUUGAUGACGCACCUCAACAUUGUACUAUUGGUACUUUGAUCAAAUUCAUCUAAAAAAUUAGACCCAUGCUGCCUGAAGAGAUUCAAUAGUGCAAACACUGGCCGGAUAUCUGGCCAUUUUUGACAGCCUAGUCGAUGUGGAACUUUACCGUGUGGCCUGUUCGACCUUGAAUAUAUUACGAGCAAGCUGCGAAUGUUGCACGUGAUUCUUUUAAGUAACUACUUAACCAAAGUGUUGAUUGCACGCCUCUUUUGCCCAUACUCCGCGAGAGAACUGGCCAGCUUAGAUGGAAUCCAGCGUGCAGCCUCCGCCAUAGUAAUAGACGUUCGCGAGCGUAACAAGUACAUUAACCGACUACCUGGACAUGAGCUUCUGUUGUAUUGUCAGAGAUGCAAACCCCCUCCUUCACAUGUGGUAUUCUUUCGAUUCCUGUAAGGAGACACAGCGAAGUCGCAACACUCUAAGAUUAUCACUUACAAAAAAUAGCAGGGUCCACCCCUUCAAAGAAACGAGCUACGUGUUUGGUCUCUUGACUGCUAGGGUCCAUAUUUUCGUGCAUCACCAUGCCACACUCGCUGCCUGAGUCUCGCGGCUGCCUUGCUCUAAAGACGGAUACCUGGUCCACAUUGUUUGUUGGUCCCUGACUGCCUUUGGCACCUACUGUAGUUCAACGAUGGCAUGUACGUUGCUUUAGUGGAUGCUUAAUGUCUGCUAACUUUCAACAUCUUCUGAAGCUCAGCAUUGCAAGGAUUAAAUACGCUUUCAGGGGCAAUAUGCAUUUCAUCACAGCCUACGACAAUGAAGUGCGCUCUCAGUGUCAGCUUAGCCACGACAUAAAAUUGCUUUGCCACUCAAUUCUAAUCGCGAUGUUAUGGCAAAAUUUACGACCUACAAACAAAAGGAUCGAUGAAAAGCGACGACAACAAUGGCGCCAUUAUCGUUGACUCUCAACAGUUGGCUAGAUAUCCCAAUGAAGCAUAAAGAACGAUUCACUAUGCCGUUUAUAGUUGUAUCCACAGUAACUUGAACGGAAAACAAAUGUUGACAACGCUAUUCGUACAAUUCAAGGCAGCAGGCAUCCUACAUAAAAAAUUAAAGAUAUUUUAGAUAAAAAUUAUAAUGUUGAGUGCCGCAAAAGAGAUGAGUUGGUAUAGAAAGACCUUGUGAGACGCACGCUUUCGAGAGAAAAAUGGCGCAGCCAUCACAAUUUGAAUCCAAUGAUGAGCCAGCUACUGGAUUGAUCGUGACGAAGCCCAUCAUCAUGCAAUCACCAGCUUAAAUGUCCAUUAGUUAUGCUUCUAUCGAAAGUUGACCCCGAUCGCAGUGCCACAGAUCAAGUGGCCUUUACGCUACCACCUGGUCAUGUGACUCGAAUCACUCCAUGACAUUGCCUUUGGUUGUGCUACCAUCAUCGCGUGCAUUUAUCAACAACUAUUGCGCCUGUAACCUGUUACACUGCCUCUAUACCAGCAACAGUCAUCCCAAUCUCGUUCCUUUCUAUAGCAUUACCAUCGGCACAAUCGGUCUCUAAACGCUACCACCUGAUAACGACACUACCAUCGGGAAUAUUGUUCCUAUCGCCUGCUGCCUCAAUAUCCGCGUAAACUCGUUCCUAUUUACGCUAUCUGAUUGCUCUGUCUCUCUACAUUACUACAAGCCAGUAAUCAUUACUUAUUCUAUGUCAGUAUCUUAAAGUGAUGUAAAAU